UUCUGAAUGGAGUGUCUUUAACGUGAGAGUGGAGGACUUAACUUUCAGCACGAAAAUAUGAAAGCCCUGCAUUCGAUCCUGAUCGGUGCCUUCCUGACCCUGCUCUGCCUCCCCAGCCCCGGUCAUGGAGUAUCCUACUUUGGGGACAGCUCCUGCAGUUUACAGGUCUUCCAAGAUGUUUCCACCUUCCACUUGUCACUACAGAUCAAGACGAGUCGGAGAAGUGGGCUGCUGCUCCUGGCUGCAGGAAUGGAGGACUACCUGUUCCUUGAGCUUCAAAACGGGAAAAUACAGGCACGAAUGAAUCUGGGAGCUGGUGAGGUGACACUGUCCUCAACUCAAGGGGUACAGCUGAACAACCUUCUGGACCACAAAGUCUCACUAACACUGCAAGACGGCAAACUCGUCAUGACAAUUGAUGAGCUCUUCUCAACAUACGUCCCUGUGGACAAUGAUGGGGAACAGCUCAACAUUGAUCUGGGCAUUUGGCUGGGAGGAACAGGAGACCUAGAGGCUCCCUACCUCAGCAAUGCCAUUCCCCCUUUCCGCGGCUGCAUGACUGAGGUCAAAUUUGAGUCCCAUCAGUUUGAUAUUCUCAGCACAGCGUUUCAACAAUGCCAAGACACAAAGGAAUCCUGCAGCAGUGAGUUUGAGGCUGGUGAUGGGGAGGCAACUAGUUUCAGUACUCCUGAUUCCUUUGUGUCCUUCCCCACCUGGAGUGGGGCUAGUGGUGCUCCAAGGGUCUUAGAAUUCCUAAUGAAAACCACCAUUGAGGAUGCGCUACUUAUUUUUCACCCUGGCCGAGAGUCUGACUUCAUUGCUAUUGGUAUUAUGAAAGGCCAUCUCAAAGGUGUGCUGGACUACGGCAGUGGCAUGGAGGUGCUGGACAACACCCAGGUGCAGCUGGAUGAUGAUCAGUGGCAUAGAGUUAAGGUUCAGGUCAGUCAGGAUUCGUUUGAAAUCAAUGUAGAUAGCCAGUCUGCCUCCCUCCCUCUCGACUCCUCACAAAAAUUGGACUUGGUUGGAAAUCUGUAUUUAGGAGGAAUCCAAGACAAAAUGAAAGAUGUGUUUCGUGAGAGUGGGUCCUUAAAUCGUGCAGAGGAGGUAAUCACUGCUGAAUCCUUCAUUGGGUGCUUGGGGGAAAUCAAAGUAAAUCAGAAGGAUAGAAGUCUGCAGGAUGCUUUGGUGACCAAAGAUGUUCAUGUUAAAUGUGAAGGAGAGGACUAUGACUACUCAAGUUAUUAUGACUCAGAAGCAACUACAACUUCUCCACCUGUUCGCAUCCGAUAUGUUGAUAUGGACUUUGAUGAGCAGCAUUGCUACCCAACAGACGACAUGCCAGAGAUAUUCAGAAACGUAACAAAACUUCUCGAUGUCACCCCAUUGCUUGUGCCUGAAGGCGGGGAAGUUUCUCUUGAUGUUGACAACCUAAGCCCUACAUUUGACCUCAGUGCUGCAGGAAUGCGUCAGUCUCAGAUAAUCUUUACUCUCAAGAAUGAUCCCUGGUAUGGCCUGGUUGACAUGAACAUCAGCACAAAACGCAUACAAAAGUUUACUCUGCUCGAUGUGGUUAAUAAGAAAAUUAAGUAUAUGCAUGAUGGAAAUGAAAGGUAUGCAGAUCAAAUCCAGCUAGAGGUUGCUGCUCACAGUAAUGACUACCUUCCAGAAUGUCUAAAAACUCCUCGCGAUUACAUCCUGCCCGUUGAAAUCAUUCCUGUUAAUGAUAUACCACAACUUGGUGGAGGAGAAAUUACCAUAACAGAAAAUGGCAGAACUCGUUUGAGCCCCAGCCUCAUCAAAAUCAUGGAUUCUGACACCCGCUGUGAUGACAUAAUAGUAACUGUAACCUCAGAGCCUUCCAUGGAUGUUGGUUACUUAGAAAAGGGUCAGCAGCCAGGACGAAGCAUCACAGAGUUCACUUGCAGAGAGUUGAAAGAGGGAAAUAUCUAUUUUGUGCACAGAGGGGGUAGUGCUGCUGAAAUUACCUUGGAAGUAUCUGAUGGACAGUCAGUAAGCCACUCAACUACAUUUAAGUUCUCUGUGACACAGCCACAUAUGACACUUGUUACCAACACUGGCCUUCUCUUGACUCAAGGCAGCAAUGCUUCCAUUAGUAUUCAAAAUUUGGCUGCCCUUGCUCAUCCUCGUAAUGGAGAUAUUAUAUAUAACAUCACACAACCUCUGAUCUUUGGGGAACUGCAGAUUAUGAUAAGUGAUGGGAUGUACAAGCAAGUUACAACAUUCCAUCAAUCCGAUCUGGAUCAAAACCGCCUCAGAUACUUCAGCACAGACGCAAGUAACCAGGAAGAUUUUGUGGUCGAGCGAAUUCAGUUUGACACCUAUCUGGGGCAGUUCUCCCUUAGGAACAAUACCUUUUUAGUCAAGAUCAUGCCAUCUCCAGUGAAACUUUCUACCCUGAGUCCACUGGAGAUGCAAGCUGGUGAAGAGAUAACUAUCAGACACACCGAGCUUCAGGCUGAAGUGAAAGGGGAAAACCCAGAUCCACAAACUUUAAAAUACAUCCUCGUCAAGCCUCCAACACUGGGUAUUCUCCAGUUGUUAGACAAAGAGUUGGCCGAAGGUGACAUCUUCACCCAGAAAGAUAUUUUGGACAGCUCUAUUAGCUACAGGGUUAGGGUGCAAAGAGCUGUGGAUAGUAUAGACCUGUUCCAGUUCAGAGUCUUUUCCGAGGAUCGCUACUCACCCCUGUACACCUACCCAAUAAACAUCCUCGUGAAUUCAGAUGCCCCUGUUUUGACCAAUGAAAGGCUUUUUGUCUUGCAGGGUGGUGAGCAUACUCUGAGCAAAGAUUUUCUUUGGGUGCAAUCACCAAGCUCUACAGAUUUUGUAUACCAGAUCACAGAAGUACCAAAAUAUGGGCGAAUCAUAAGGGACUCCCCACCUGGGCAGCCUCGAUUUGAGGGUGCAAUUAGAGUAUUUAGCAAUGAAGAUCUCCAGCUUGGCAGGCUUAUUUACAAGCAUGACGGCUCCAAGACAAGCAGUGAUGAGUUCCAUUUCUCAGUGACAGAUCAGGGAGCAGAGAACAGUCAGGAACCAGUGAUUGGUGUUUUCAGAAUAUCUAUCCAAUCCAAGAACGAGCAUGCUCCAGUGCGGGUUGUGGAUAAAGUCUUCAACGUGGUCCGCCACGGUCAACGUCUGAUAACAACUGAUGUUAUCCAGUUCAAGGAUGAUGACUCAGGUUUCAAUGACACCCAAAUUGUCUACGCUCGUGAGGGAAUCCUCUCAGGCAAUAUCGUCUCAACAUCAAAUCCCUCACUGUCCCUUUUCCGUUUCACACAAGCCGACCUGCGAGAUAAGAACAUCCUCUUCAUUCACCAUGGAGCAGACAGGGAACGAUUCUCACUACAGGUGUCAGAUGGCUUCCACAAGACCACUGCGCUACUCCAGAUUCAAGCAAGUGAGCCCUACUUGCGAGUGGGGAACAACACAAUCAUUGUCAUUGACCAUGGAGGCACCAAGACCCUUAACACCACUCUGCUGAGUGCUGACUCCAACAUGGACAUCAGAGAUGACAGUGAAAUUAAGUUUCAGGUGACAUCACCCCCUAGCGAUGGCAGGAUUAUUGUGAGUGGAAUUGAGGCUUCAGCUUUCACCCAGGAGGACCUGAAAAAGGGUGUUGUGUCAUAUGAGCAUAAUUAUGAGAGCUUGAGGUCCAAGGACUCCUUCACCUUCACAGUCCAAGCAAGAGGACAUUCUGAGGAGGGCACAUUCAGGAUUAAAAUAUUCAAGCAAGGUUACCUCUCUGAGCCUGGGGUGUUAACCAAUGAGGUCAUCAUUUCCUAUGAGGGAGAACACACCAUAAUCAAUCGGGACAAUCUCAAGGUGGAGCAAGCUGAUAUUCUGCCCACAGAAAUGGUGUUCACCAUUAAAGAGCCCCCUCGUCUUGGUCAUGUGGUAAAGCUGACAAACAGCUCAGACAGCACGGCCUCCCCUGUCCUCGACUACAUUCACUCCUUCACCCAGGAGGACAUCGAUCAGGGGCGCAUUCUCUACGUGUCUGCAUCCGUCCAGGGCAAUGAUGUCUUCACAGUGGAUGUCAGCAAUGGUUUUACCACAGUGGAGGACCUGCAUAUUUCUGUGAACAUUGUGCCCCGGAUCAUCCCUAUUCAGGCCUUCAACUUUACCGUGAAGGAAGGCCUCAGCAGGCAAAUUAAUCAAGAGAUUGUCAACAUUUCACAUCCCUUCUACAGUUCAGCAAACAUCGACUUUGUUGUAGAAGAGGCGCCACAGCAUGGGGACCUCCGAUACCUGGAUGGAGAUGAAUUGACUUACUUUACAUGGGAUGAGAUGAAACUUGGACAGAUCUACUACAUGCAUGACAGCACCGAGAGCACAGAGGACAGUUUUACACUCUCUGCCUCAAUUUAUGAGAUUGAGCGCCGGAGCCUCCCUGUCACCAUCUCAGUGACAGUCAUACCAGUCAACGAUGAGCCGCCAAAACUGACACGAAACACGGGACUGGAGGUUCUUGCUGGCGAGGAAGCUGAUAUUACCCCCAGCAUGCUGAGCGCUGAGGAUGCUGAUACCCCUGCAGAGGAACUGGUGUACAACGUUGAGGUGCCAACCAAUGGGAUAGUGGCGUUGAAAGAGGCGCCUGAGGAGAGCAUCCUAAAUUUCACUCAGGCUCACAUAGACAGAGGGGAAGUCAUCUUCAUUCACGAGGGUGAGGAGUCUGGCGGUUUCAGUUUCACCGUGACAGACGGAGAGCACACAUCUCCUCUCUUCCGAUUUGUCAUCACAGCCAGGCCUCUCACUAUCACCAUGGUAACGCAGGAGGAGCUCAUGGUGUUUCCAGGAACACGGCAGCCCAUCACGAGUGCCAAUCUGGGUGCUGUAACCAAUGAGGAUGGAAAUGAGAUAAGUUACUCACUUAUCCGCCCACCACGUCUGGGAAGACUGAUUCUGGCCCAUGACAAGAACCAGUAUGAGGAAAUUAACAGCUUCUCUCAAACACAGCUGGAGUCAGGCAUGGUCUUCUAUGAGCACCAGAUACCAGAGAAGCCUUUUUGGGUUGUGAGGGACUCCAUAGAGCUCAUUCUGUCAUCCCAACCAGCCCCAGAUGUCCGUCACAUCCUGCCCAUCACUGUCUCUUACUAUGCCGCUCACAGCAACAUCUCCUCGCAGCUGUGGAAGAACAAAGGUCUGGAAAUUGUGCAAGGUCAGAGGAAAGCCGUUGAUGAUUCAAUUCUUGAUGCUUCCAACCUUCUGGCCAGCCUGCCUGAGUCUGAGCGAGGUGAAGUGGAUGUGGUUUUUGAGAUGAAACGUUUCCCUGAUCAUGGACGUAUCACUCUCAGGGGUCAGGACCUGCCCCGUGAUGCUCCAUUCUUCUUGCAGGAAGAUGUAACUCAGGGAGAGGUGGAGUAUCUCCAUGAUGAUUCAGGGGCCUCCUCUGACAGCUUUUCUUUCAGGGCCCGUCUGAAGCCUCAGGGUGAUGGUGUGGCCUCCCCUGCUGAGUCUGUGGUCCUGGAGGAGAACUUUAACAUCUCCAUCAAACGGCGGGGCUCUGAUCCUCCCGAGCUGGUCACUAUAGACAUGCUGUUGGAGGUUCUUCAAGGCUCACAAAUCAUCUUGACCCAGAGGCAUCUUAACACUCAAGACGAGGACAGUCCGCCAGAUGAGGUGCACUUCAAAGUAACCAAAGCCCCCAGAAACGGUCAUCUGUUUGACUCACUCACAAUGGGCCCCAUUUCUGAGUUCACACAAGAUAUGGUCAAUCGUGGGCAGGUGGGCUUUAAGAGUGAUGGCAGCCUUGCCAACGGCUUUGUGGAAUUCAUUUUGUCAGAUGGAGAACAUCAAACAGAGCCAUACACACUCCACAUCGGCAUUCUAGCUCGCACCCUGUUUCUCGACAAAGCCACUGAGAUCAAGGUGAAGCAAGGAGAUGAUGAGACUCUGGUGACUGAAGAGAUGUUGAGAGCCACUACUGGUGGACCUGUUGAGGAAGAUGUCCUUUAUAAGAUCACAAGUACUCCAAAGUAUGCAGCUGUCAUGGUAGACCGUCAGGCCACGUCCGCCUUCACCCAGAAACAGAUCAAAGAAGGCAGAGUCAGUGUCCGCUUUGUAAAGUCGACUUCACCUCGAGACAGUGUUGCAUUUGUAGCUCGCAGCCGGGCUGCUAAUGUGUCCUCUGUCCUCAACAUCACAGUCCAGCCUCUGGCCAACAUCGCUCAAGAUCCUCUCUUACCCCAAGGUACUCUUGUCCAACUUGACAGGCAGCUUCUGGAUGCAACUCCCCUGGCAAACAAGACUAGGACCUCCCCCACGUUCACUGUUACCAAGCAGCCUCAAGGGGCUCGUUUUGUGAGGUCCAGAGGUUCUGGUGCAGGUCAGCCAGUGGACACAUUCAGCCAGCAGGACCUGGAUGAGGGUCGUGUAGCUAUGGAAAUCCUAAAUAGCUCCUCCAGAUCCAGAGGUGGUGUCACUCAGGAUGAGGCCCGCUUCCUGCUCAAAGCCCACGGAGUCCCUCCUGCAGAAUGUGUGCUUUCCUUUAAGACCGGCCCCUAUAACGCCUCUGGAGUCUACCCUGCCACUCUAUUGAGGUUACCUUCAGAAGCCCCAUCGAAGGACGGUAAUGACCUCCCUGGUGUGGGUGGGUUCCCUCGUGCCACUCCAGCUGGUCCCGGCUGGGAAAGUAAGAUGGACUGGCCCCAUGGAGAUGCCCCCACUACAGCCUCUUCUGACACUGGCUCUCACAGGAAACCUGCAGUGUCACGGCGCAGCAACUUCUGGUCCAUUCUCAUCCCCAUCCUGGUGAUCCUUCUCCUCUUGCUCCUGGCAGGAGUUUUGGCUUACUACCUGAUCCGUAAAAACAAGACAGGUAAGCACGAAGUCCAGACAGCAGCGUCCAAGCCCAAAAACGGAGAGGUGGCCAGCGCAGAAACCUUUCGGAAGACUGACCCAGCUAAUAACAUCCCCAUGUCCAACAUGGAUUCCAAAGACGCAGACCCGGAGUUGUUGCAGCACUGUCGGACAACAAACCCGGCCUUGAAAAAGAACCAGUACUGGGUUUGAGACACUUUGACACGGGACACAGAGAGAGGUGGAUCCUCAAGAGUUUGCAACACAGCCUCCUCAAAUCAUUCCUCUCAGUAUUAAAGACCUCUUGCCACAGCAGUUUAAUUGAAAAUUAUUUUUUGAUGCCAUUGGUUAUUUUCUUAUCUCAACAUAACUGUGGACAGGUUCUCAGGCAACAAAACACUGAAUACUUAUUGGCAAAGAAAGAGGCAGUUUCUUAUCUUAGGAGGCUCAUGUCAUGUCUAUUUAUUUUAGUUUUAUCAUUCCUCUUUGUCAAAGGGCACAAAUGAAGACAUAAACAUGCCUUGUGUUUGCAAAAAGAAAGUAUUUUGGUUGUGCUCUGUCAUUAUAUUGCAUAUGAUAUCAUAGGCCAAUAUUAUUCAUUUGAGUGGAUAGGUAAUUUAAAGUUUUGGUAGUAGUUUGAUUUUAGUUUUUGGUUCAUCAGGAAAGCUGAUAAGCGUGUAUAUAAAUGAAGAAGUAAAUAUAUGCUGUAUUAUCGAGAAGAUGACAAACUGCCUCUUUGUGUUUUCUGUUUAUUUUUCAGUGUUUUUAAGGUACCGUUGUGUUUUGUUUCUCAGGGCUAAAUUCAGUUUGAUGUCAUCACACUAAAUAUUUCAGUAGUUUGAGUUUUGUGUGGAAAGCGGAUGGAUUGAUACUGAAAACUAACCUUUAAAAAUGAAAAAACCUGUCGCAAAAAACAUGCACAGGUUUGAUUGAAUUUAGCUCAGAGUAAUGUCAUCAUCUGUCAUAUGUUAUUAUUUCUGCAUGCUUCCAAAGUGCUUGUGAAUAUUCACUGGACUGGCACAGCACUGACCGCUAAAAUACACAGUGCACAAUUUGUAGACCACAGGAAAGGACGUUAUUCGGUAGCAUCGGUCUUUAACACAUCCUUAUGGGCUGACAGGCAGGGAUGAGGUCAUCUCAAUCUGGGGUUCAUAAAAGCUGCUUGGUGCCGGGGUGGGGAUAAUGAUUAAAAUGCUCCACUGGUGAGGUCAAAAUGAAGACACUGACUUGAUGCAGUUUCAGUUUUGUUUCAUGUCUUCAGAGCUAUUUUUGAUUUUAAGCAUUCCAUAUGUAAGCUGAAUAUAGAGACAGUCAUAUAUUGAAGAGAGAUUAGAUUUUUAAAACUCUUUAAACUUGUUUUGUACGUUGAAACUACUACAAAUAUUGCUGUAAAUCAGAACUCUCUUGUUCAUCUUUAGAUGUCUUUUUUUUUGUCACUCAGACCUGUGAUGGUUAAGUUGUCUGAUUGUUGAAUGUUGAAUGGAGGUUUAAGGUGAAGACGUAUAAUGAGACAUUCAAAAAGCUUGUUUUUAUCCACUAAACAAAAAGAAAGAUGCAAACAACUGAUCUUUCUGCAAAGCGUUUGACCAUUUGCUGUACAUUUCCUUUCUCAUACUGUAUACCAAUGAGACCUUAUUCUCGUUUAGUCAUGUACUGAAUAUACAAUUGUUUCUUCGCAGUUUUUUUAUCUUCUAUUGAUCUUCUAUUUUUGUAGUGUUUUGAGAGCAGGACAUAUAGAUCUUAUAGACAGCACAGAGCUCAGGAAGUGAUGUGUUUAAGGAGACUGUGUAUUUCCAGUGACAUUAACUUUUAGCUGAAAUAAAAAGACAGGUUACUCCUUCAGGAUAUCACAUUCACGUAUUACCAGUUUUAUGUGUAAAUAUUCUGUUUGUGAGUAAGAUUUUGGGGCCUAAAUAACAUCUCGAAAUAUAUAUAUAUAUAUCAUGUUUUGUGUUGAAGGUAUAAAUACAAGUAACUGCAUUUAAUGAGAAUGAUCAAUUACAAUGUGUGUGCAUGCGUAUGCCUGUCUUGUGUGUGUGUGUGUGUGUGUGUGUGUGUGUGUGUG